UUUUUUCCCCCCGCUAAUAUCAAAACGUUAAAACAGAGAUCCUCUGUUUCAAAGCUUCUCAGUUUUCUCAUAUCUGGAUAUACAAGUUAAAGAUGAAGUACGUGCUUGUAACUGGAGGUGUUGUGAGUGGAUUAGGAAAAGGUAUCACUGCAAGCAGUGUUGGUGUUCUUCUUCAGUCCUGUGGUCUUCGCGUUACUUGUAUCAAAAUUGAUCCUUAUUUGAACUAUGAUGCUGGAACCAUAUCUCCUUACGAACAUGGCGAAGUGUAUGUCUUGGACGAUGGUAGUGAGGUGGAUCUUGAUCUUGGAAACUACGAGAGGUUUCUAGAUAUCACAUUAACUCGAGAUAACAACAUCACUUACGGGAAGAUUCAGCAGUAUGUGAUGGAUAAAGAGAGGAAAGGAGAUUAUUUAGGAGAGACUGUUCAGAUUGUUCCUCACGUCACUGAUACAAUUCGAGAAUGGGUAGAGAGAGUUGCAAUGAUUCCUGUAGAUGGAAAAGAAGGUCCUCCUGAUGUUUGCAUCACUGAAAUAGGUGGAACUAUAGAGAAAUCUUUGUGUGUUUGCAGGAGAUAA